CCACUGAUCAUCUGGUAUUUACAAAGUUUUUCUGACAACCAAACUAAUUUUUCAAAUCCUAGGGAUCAGUCAGUCAACUACGGACAAAUUUUAAUAGUCAGUGCAAUGGAGAAGGUAUUGUACAAUGCAGACAUAUAAAAGGUGCGGGCUUUGUAGGUUUGCGUUACUACAGAGAGAAGUAUGACAGAGAACACGCAUGAUGAGCCAUUGAAAAACAAAAGCAAGAAGACAGACCAGUCAAAUGAUGUUGACGUUUCCGGUGACAAAACGCUUCCUUCUAGUAUUGAAAAAUCUUUAAACUCUGGACAAUUACCCAAUGGAAUUAACGAGAAACUGUUGAAACAACUCACUAAUGUGAUGCUGGUUUCCGGGACCAGUGGUUCUUCUAGUGGUGCAAUAGAAAAAAGGACUAAAAACGAUUUCCGAUUUUGGAGAACACAACCGGUACCUGAUCUGACUGAAGAAAUCACUGACAACGGGCCAAUUGAACCGGAUACAAAGCAUGAAGAUAUUCGUUCGCAACCGUACACACUACCUGAAGGAUUUUACUGGUGUGAACUAUCAUUGGAUGAUGAAAAUGAGCUACAGGAAUUGUAUGAUCUUUUAUAUGAAAAUUACGUGGAAGACGAUGAUCAUCUCUUUAGAUUUGAUUAUUCUAAACAAUUUUUACAGUGGAUUCUGAAGUCACCUGGUUGGCAUAAAGAUUGGCAUGUUGGACUUCGUGUGACUAAAAGCAAAAAGCUAGUCGGGUUUAUAGCAGCCAUUCCAUGUCAUUUGCAGAUAUAUGACAAAUCAAAAAAAUUGGUUGAGGUUAACUAUCUUUGUGUGCAUAAGAAAUUACGCUCCAAGCGUAUGGCUCCAGUGUUAAUACGAGAAGUAACACGUCGUGUUCACUUACGUGGACUUUUUCAAGCUCUAUUUACCAGUGGUACCUUGUUACCGAAACCAGUUAGCAAAUGCCGAUACUGGCAUCGUCCUCUUAAUCCACGUAAACUUCUUGAAUGCGGGUUUUCUCACCUCACACACAACAUGACUUUACAAAGGACUAUUAAGCUUUAUCGAUUACCUGAAGCUCCUCUUGUGAAAGGUUUUCGUCAAAUGACAAAAAAAGACGUCUCAAAGGCAUGGUCUUUAUUAUCUCAGUAUUUGGAGAAGUUUAGUAUCCAUCCUAUUUUUACAAAAGAAGAGUUUCAGCAUUUCUUUAUGACACGUGACGAUGUUGUUCAUUCGUAUGUAGUAGAGGGUGAGGAUGGCCAAAUCACCGACUUUUGUUCUUUCUAUGUUCUUCCUAGUUCUGUAAUGAAAAGCAAACAGCAUAACAGUUUACGUGCAGCUUAUUCAUUUUAUAAUGUGUCCACUGUAACACCAUGGCCAGCUUUAAUUCAAGAUAUGCUAAUUUCAGCUAAGCAACUGAAAUUUGAUGUAUUCAAUGCUUUGGAUUUGAUGGAGAAUAAAAAGUUUCUUGAAGAAUUGAAAUUCGGUAUUGGCGACGGUGAUUUACACUAUUAUUUAUACAAUUGGCGUUGUCCAUUUGCUGAUCCCUCUGAGGUUGGAAUUGUGUUACAAUAAAAUACCGUGCUGGAAUAUUUUGCAUAUUGUUUUCUAUGAUAUCACAGUUGCAUCAAUUCCCUCGCGGAUUUGUGACAUCUGCAUAUCUUCACUUCAGUGUAUUAUAUGCUUUUUCUAGGUACCCCUGUGAAAUUAUUAUACGCUUUAAGUGCUUGUGAAACUUUAUUUUCUGUAGUUAUCUAUUCUAUACCUAAUGAUGAUAAUGAUGAUCUGUGUAUUGUCAACAUUUGAUGGAUUCUUGUAACCCACCCCAAUGUGAAACAAUUUGCACCAUUUUCUGAUUUAUCGACUUCUUUAGCACACACACACACAAACACAUAGACACUUGUAUUACCACUUUUGAUUCACCCGUUUUUCCUCUCUUUUUUUCGCUUCCGGAAUAAGUUAGAAGUACUGAUGUGAUUAAAAAGAAGGCUGUAUUUAUGUUAACAGUUGUAUUUGUCUGUCUGUAUUAUUACUGUUUUUCUGAUGUGUGAAAUACAUUUUAGGAUCUCAG